ACUCAGAGCACUUUCCAGUUGUGAUGGGGUUGCAUCAAGGAUCAGCUCUUAGUCCGUUUUUAUCUGCCUUGGUGAUGGAUGGAUUGACGCGGCAAAUUCAAGGUGAGGUGCCAUGGUGUAUGCUUUUCGCGGAUGACAUAGUCCUGAUCGACGAGACUCGUAGCGGAUUUAAUGCUAAGCUGGAGGAUUGGAGACAAACUCUGGAGUCUAAAGGGUUUAAGCUGAGUAGGACCAAGACAGAGUACUUAGAGUGUAAGUUUAGUGAAGCACCUCAGGAGGCUGGCUUGGAAGUGAGGCUUGGUACCCAAGCCAUCCAGAAGAAAAGUAGUUUCAAGUAUCUUGGGUCUAUUAUGCAAGGCAGCGGGGAGAUUGACGAUGAUGUCACACAUCGUAUUGGAGCAGGGUGGAUGAAAUGGAGGCUUGCUUCCGGAGUGCUAUGUGACAAGAAGGUGCCACCACAACUUAAGGGCAAGUUCUACAAAGUGGUGGUUAGACCGACUAUGUUGUAUGGGGCGGAGUGUUGGCCAGUUAAGAUUUCUCACGUUCAAAAGAUGAAAGUUGCUGAGAUGAGAAUGUUGAGAUGGAUGUGUGGCCACACCAGGAGUGACAGGAUUAGGAAUGAGGAUAUUCGGGACAAGGUGGGAGUGGCCUCGGUGGAAGACAAGAUGCGAGAAGCGAGACUGAGAUGGUUUGGGCAUGUGAAGAGGAGAGACACAGAUGCCCCAGUGCGGAGGUGUGAGAGGUUGGCCAUGGAUGGUUUCAAACGAGGUAGGGGUAGACCAAAGAAGUAUUGGGGAGAGGUAAGUAGACACGACGUGGCGCAGUUACAGCUUACCGAGGACAUGACCUUAGAUAGGAGGGUUUGGAGGACCCACAUUAGGGUAGAAGGCUAGUAGAUAGUCUCAUUAUCCUGUCUUAUUAGUAGUCGCAUUAUCGUAGUAUAAUUUCUUGUGCUCUGAUUUAUGCUAUUAUCUGUUAUUUCCUGUGUUUUGAUUAUUCUAUGUUAUCUGUGUCGCUUGCGUUACUUCAUUUCCAUAUCGCUUUGAAUCUCUUAGCCUUAUCUGACCUCUUUUUAUGUUUUUUAUUGAGCCGAGGGUCUUUCGGAAACAGCCGUCCUACCUUGGUAGGAGUAAGGUCUGC